AUACAUAUGUACAUAAUUAUAUGUGUAUAUAUAUAUAUAAAUAAUAUUUCAAUUACUUGUACUUAUGUAUCUACUGUUAUUCAGCAUUUGCACGCUUUUUGGUCGGCCUUUGCGUGUUCUCUCUGCCUUUUCAUGCAUAAUUUUGGAUCUUUGCUAGUGAAGAUUGUGAAUAAUACCCAACUAAAAAUCCAGGCCAACAACCACUCAACCAACCAGCCAGGCUUCAUUCAACCAACCCUCAAGACGAGCAGUGAUCUUCAGCACUGCAUCAAUUGAAUUAAGGUCAGCCUCUGCAGUACUCUGUUCACUGUACUUUCAAACGAUAUACAGAAGAGAAACGAUCGCGUACUAAGAGAUAAGAGACAUAUUUUGCCGCCAUGUUGAAUCCUAAUCACACGGGCGCAACGCGACGUCCUUUCUCGCGUAACGCACCGUCUCGCAAUCAUCGCAGUCGUAUGUUAUUCUCCCCGCACCAUCAUUCGCAUCACCUGUUACAACAGCAACAACAACAACAACAACAACAACAGCUGCAUGGUCACGCUCACGCGCACACGCAAUCACGCAUAGGUAACGGCAACGGUAAUGGCGGCGGCGGCGGCGGCAGCGGUAGUGGUGUCGGCGGUCUCGCCUUGGGUUCCACAGGGGGCUCCUUAGGUAAUGGUGGACAGUGGUACAACAAUAAAGACAACAAUGUGGACAGCUGGAGUGCUCUUGGCGAUGUACAAACAAGUAAUAAAAACAGUGGAAGCUGUCCUAAUAAUAGCAAAGGAAAUCACAACCACAAUUACCAUCAUUGUCACCACAGUCACAAUCUUCACAGUCAUAGUAAUGGCAAUGGUCAUAUCUUCCACCAAAACCACAACCACAUUCAGUUUAAUCAUAAUGUUAUCAAUUGUAGUAGUAAUGGCAAUAGUAACUGUAAUAGUAAUCAUCAUCACCAUCAUCGUAAUAGUCAAAGCCAAGCCCAUCAUCACCAUUAUCGCCAAACACACCACAACCACAACCACAACCACCAAAAUCACUUUCACCACCAAUCGCAACAACAAACGCACCAGCCAUAUACCCACCAAGGCUCUAGCUCUGGCUCAGCAUCAGCCUGUAGUUCCACAUCCGCUUCAUCCUCUGGCAAUCCAUCCAAUACUAGUUCUCCACAACCGGCGUUUUAUUCCAACGCGACUACUGCCAAUCUAACCUCCCUAUUAUCCCCAGUGCCCCUGUCUCCAACAAGUAGUAUAUUUCACUUUCCGAACCACAGUCCCAAGCCGCCGCCCGAUUCUCGUUUGUGUGAGCUUGCGAACAAUAUCACCAUUGCACCUCUGUCACCUUCAACAGUGAAUGUUGCCACACUUAACAAUUGCCACCUAAAAGAACCGGAAAAGAAGUCUAGCCUUAAAUUUCCCGCGUUGUUGUCACCGCUUCAGAUAUCCCUUACGACUAGCGCAACAGCGGUCGGCUCACACAUACCUCUGACCAACUCCUGUUCCUCAAAUAAUUACCUACAAACCCGUCCUAGUCUGGGUAAUCAAAGUUCCAAGGCCAGCUCUAGUUCACAUCAAAACUCAAACUAUGUCCAAGUUCGCAACCAAGUGAAUCAAAAUCACCAUUACCAACACAGUAAUCGACAAUCCCAACUGAAUCAUAACCACAACCACAACAACAACCAUACCCAAACUGUAAAUCCAAAUCAUGCAAGUCAUAGUCACAUCCACAUCAAUAAUAAUUUUAAUAGUAAUAAUAACAAUAGCAAUCAUCAUCAACAAAAUCAUAGUCAAAAUCAGAAUCAAAUUCAUUACCAUCACACAAACAAAAAUCCAAAUCACAACCACAAUCAAAAUAAACCGACUAAUCACCAAUCCCACCUCCCGCUAACAAAUACAAAUAUAAUUUCCACAAACACUACUACAAAGUCUACAACAAGAACAACAACUGAAAAUUGUAACUGUACUGAUGAUGUGAAUGUAACUUCUUGUACUGACAUAAUUUCUCAACGUGAACCAACAACAACAACACCAACAUCACCACCAUUGUUGUCUCCAACACAUCCAUAUCAAAUGAUGCCACCACCACAACCGAUGAAUAACCAUCAACCGCAACAACAACGACGAUGGCGACAACAACAACAACAACAACACCCGUUGUUAUUGACAACGGCGACAACCACUGGAACAAUGAUACAAACUGCACCUUCGAAUCAACAAUCACAAUCACAAUCGCACUCCCAACAACAUCAACAACAUCAACGCGCUUUGGGCGCAUCCUCAAUGUCUUCCCGUUGUUCAUCGGUAACAACAUCUCCAUCACCAACAACAAUGACAUCACCAAUGGCUACAAUGUCAAAUCAUUUGAUUUUUAAUGGAACAACUAAAAAUACUAUAAACAAUAAAAUCACAACAACAACAUCUCCAACGAAUGUACCUGCCGCAAAUGGGACGAUGACAAAACCAACAACAACAACAACAACAACAACAUUACCAACUGCAUCAACAACUUCAUCCAUAUUGAACCCAUCAUUGUACACAACAACAACAACAAUAACAACAUCGUCAUCGUCCAUGCAAAAAACGCGAAAUCGCCAUCCGUCCAUUCCGGCUUACGCGUCUGCGAUCUCUAAUUGUUCUCCUUCCACUUCUACUUCCUCCGCUCUUCUUGCAUUCUCUUCUCCUUUUUCAUCUUCUUCUUCUGGAAUCUCUGCGAACUCGUCGGAAACUCAAACCCAUGGGGCAUCAUCCUCAAUGCCUGUCGUUGAUGUGCGUGCCUCUUCCUCUGUCCCAACGACGGAGCCGUUCAACACAUUGAAUGUUCUUAAUGAAAUGAACAACAACAACAACAACAACAAUUAUAAUGAUAAUAACAUUAUUUUGACACACUCGACUGAUGGCAACUUGAUUUGUGAUAAUACCAAUAAUAUAACAAACAACAAUAUCAACAGCAGCAACAACAGCAACAACAGCAACUACCAUCAACCAUUCAAUUCUAUGGAUUUUGGACAGCAGCAACACUUGCGACACCACCUACGCUUUAGCAAUAAUGGUCGUGGCAGCAUGGAUAAUGGUGGUAGUCAUGGUGAAUAUAACAAUAAUAACAACAACAACAACAAUUACCGACGCCCUGGCGGAAAUCAAAAUAACAGUAUUAGUGGUAACGGUAACUCUAUGAUGCAGCACCGCCAUAAUGGCGAAUAUUAUGGCAGCAAUCAUCACAACCAACAGAAUCACUAUCAGUACGGUGAGCAGAAUCGUCGGCAUAACAACAACAACAACAACAACAACAAUGGCAACGGCAGUAAUGCAUCUAACUCAGGAUUAUUUGAAAGAAAUAAUAGCAACAGUGGCAAUUUGAAUGGCAAUACCAGCAGUGGUAUGAAUAACAUGCACUUUGAUGGCCAUAACAACAGCAACCAUUCCCGGAACGGGGACUUCCACAAUGAUAAUCGUCCUGAACGUGGAGGAGGAGCAGAGCUGAAUAUCAGCGGCGCCGGUAGCAGCAAUGGGUACGGUACUUUGCGUAAUGGUAAUAAUUAUGGCCGUAACGGGCAUCAGAAUGGUGGUUCCGGCUCCUUCCAUUACCACCACCAUAAUAAUUACAACAGCAACGGACCCUCAACUUCGGCUGUAGCCUUAGCAGGUGGCAGCAGUAGCGUUGCCAGCCUACUUGACGGACCGACUGGCUCUUCUGGUGCUUUAGGAUCCACCACUUCGCUCAGCAGCGGGCCCAACGGUUUGAAAUCGGACAGUCCUUCGCGCAAAAGACGCCGCAUUUCCGGUCGCAUGCCCAGCCAGUCACCGCCUGCAAUUUGGGAGCAACGACGCUCGCCUCGCACUCAGAUGCAGCAGGGAAGUCCACCGAUACGACGGCCACGCUUGCGCGAGCCUGGACCGUCACAGCAAGUGCAUGGUCACCACAUAAACAACACUGGCAAUGGCAGUAAUAACAAUAACAAUAAUACCAAUACCGGCAGCAGUAAUCAUUUCCAGAGCUAUCACCAGCCACAGCAUUCUUUACAGCAUACGCCAUAUUACUUGCGCCAACAUAUGCCGCCGCCAGCACUUCAACAGCAACAGCAGCAACAACAACCACACCAGCCGCAGCAACCACAGCUCCAACAGCGCUCACCGUGGGAACAUUCGCUUGCUGCAGUGAAUGCUUUCAUUCAACAAACGCCGCCCCCGCCACCGUCGCCCGGCCAUCACCAUCAGACGUCCCUUGUGGGCGCGCCACCCCCACCGCCACCACUGAUGUUGGACAUCAACCAAGUUCCUGUCAGUCUACCAUUGCGGCAUGCCGAACCCAUUUGGGCGUCUAUUUGCACCUAUCCCGCGGCACCGCCGCCACAAGCCCGAAUAGCCCCUUGCCACUUGCACGGCAUCUAUACACAACCGUUUGCUGCUCAAGCGUGCAACACGCAUCCCAGCACUCAAUUCGCACCCGCAACAGCUGGUUUCGCUGCUGCUGCUGGCGCUCCAAUACAGAUGCCACAGGCGCAACAGGUGCAGGUGAGCGCUGCUGCAGCCGCGCAGCAACAGCAAACGCAACAGGCUGCCGCUCUAAUGGCAGCUGCGUCAGUAGCCGCAGCCAACUACCAACAUGCUCAUUUGACCCAGCAACAACGCACAGAAGCCAGUGCGGCUGCGGCCGCUGUAGCCGGACUUUCGCUCGAACAAGCGACCGCCCACCACCUGGAUCCCCAUCAAGGCCAUCAGGCGGCUGUAGCUACGCCACCGACACAUCAUAAUCAGCUGCAGGCAGCACCAAUACACAUAACCUCAAUGUCGGCCGUUGCGGCUGCAGCCGCGCAUCAUUUGCGCACUACCGCCACCGCAGCUGUCUCGCAAAUGUCUGCGGCGCCCCAGCCGAUUCUUGUCUCAACAGAAAGACGUGUUUUCCCACCUCACCGUCGCAUUACUCGUUUCUGGCCGGCAAACCAUCCACAUGGACCACACCGGCAUAUGCUUCCACCACAGGCGUUGGGUCCGCACCAAGCGACUCCUGUGCAGAUUCAAACAACAACGGGAAUCAUAAACCCGGGCUUUUUACUUAAUUUCCUAGCUAUGUUCCCGCUCUCGCCAUAUAAUCAGCAUGAGUUGAACUCUCCAGACUCCAAUGAGACGGAAAAUUACGAGGCGUUGCUUAGUUUGGCCGAACGUUUGGGCGAGGCAAAGCCACGUGGCUUGGCGCGGAAUGAAAUCGACCAGUUGCCAAAUUAUAAAUACAAUCCUGAUACUCAUAACGGUGAUCAAACAUCCUGCGUUGUUUGUAUGUGCGAUUUUGAGUUGCGACAAGUGCUACGUGUGCUACCUUGCUCACACGAAUUCCAUGCUAAAUGCGUUGACAAAUGGCUAAGGUCAAAUCGAACCUGUCCCAUUUGCCGUGGUAAUGCAUCCGACUACUUUGAGAAUCCCGAGCAACAGCAAUCACAAGCCCAACAAACACAGGCACAGGUGCAGCCACAGCAGACGACAACACAACAGGCACAGCCUGCGACUACAGUUCAACCUUUGGUCGCGGAGCAGUCAACAGCGCAACAUCAGCAACAACAAUCACAAACACAAGCAACAUAGGCGCAUUAAACGCAACCACGCAAUAAAAGUCAUUAAAGAAAAAAUGGUACUUCAGGAAAUGAGAAGAAUAGAUUAUACAAAGUGAAUACCAAAUAAAAAGUAAUUUAACGAAAAAGGAUAUUAUUGAAAAAAUAACCAGAUAGCAAGCACUCUUCUAACGUCCACGUCCAAUAGAUGUAUUUGUACUUCUUCGUGUUUCCAAUGAAGCCACCUUUCAAAUAGAAACUUAUUACAAUCCAAAUGCAAAGAAUAUCUCUAUAGGUUAAAUACGUAUGCAUGUAUGUAUAUUUAAAUAUGUGUGUGUGCAUGUCUAGAAAGAAACCGAAUAAACCAUAAACAUUCGUAGAUAGGAGUUAGUUGCUUGGCCCACUUCGUGGCUAUCACUUUUCAGAAGUAUAAUAUUACAUAGCUACUCGUACAUACAUAUAUACAUAUGUACAUAUGUACUAGAAUGCACAUGCAAUUGUAAUUGUCAAACUGUAAAGGAUAUUUCUAUGCAAUUGUUAUUAAGGCUAAUAUGUUGAAGCGAAUCACAAUUAAAUAAUGCAAUCUUUGAAUUAAAGGUAAUGUAAUAAAUACACAUAGUUAAGCUGUAUGUUCAACUACAUAUGUAGAUUGGUAUGUGUGUAUGUAUAUACAUAGAUACAUACUAUGUAUAUUUAUCUUAAAAGAAUUUUCCAAAAAAUGUUUUUCUAGCAUUCUAGUGUGAUAUGUAACUGCGCAAGCUUGUUAUUAUAAUAAUUCAUGUACACCACAAAAACGAAAUUUAUAAGCAACAAGGAAAACAGUCUCACAGAUUUAUUAAAAAAA